GAGCUGCCGGUGGGGAACAUGAUGGAUUCAGAGCUCGGCAGGAAGUGGGACUGGUGCUUGGCCGAUGCGGUUGUGAAGAUAGGUACUGGUUUUGGAUUGGGAAUUAUUUUCUCCUUUACCUUUUUUAAAAGAAGGAUGUGGCCACUAGCCUUUGGUUCUGGCAUGGAAUUGGGGAUGGCCUACUCCAACUGUCAGCACGAUUGCCAAGCUCCAUAUCUUCUUCAUGGAAAAUUUGUCAAAGAGCAAUGACCUGAGACCAUCCCAGUGGGAA